CUUACGGUCACCCUGUACAUGACGAAUAUACGACGUCUUCCAUCAAAAUUUCUGAUCAUGUCCGCCCAGCUGGCCCACUUCUCACUUCGCAUCAAGCUAGAAAUCGCACCAAGCUAAAAAAAACAACUCAUCUCCCGUGGCCCUGGCCGGCCCUGCAUUUCUUCCUCCAUGGUUGCUCCAAAUUACGUACAGCUGUAAGAAAGUUAAUCUCCACCUGCGAUUCAUUCACAUCUGUCAUUUGGAUGGAACUAGUCUCAUAACUAAGGAUGCAGUACGGAGAUACAAGGCCAACUCAGUUCAAGGUGAUUUUGUUGGGGGAGGCUGGAGUGGGCAAGACAUCGCUGUUCCAGAGGUUCCGCUCCAGACACAUACCUUCUACGCCAAAAUCUGCACUUAUGCUUGAUCGAUACCAGUACAGUAGACAAUUUGCAGUUGGUCCUGAAAGUCAUCCUGUUCAGUUAGAUCUUUGGGAUACAGCUAACAUGGAAAGGGCACGGUCCCUCACAGAAAGCUACUUUCGAGAAACCGACGCAACCCUUCUGGUGUACGACAUCGCAGAUUCCGUGUCACUGAAAAGAAUUCCUUACUGGCAGCAAGAGCUCAGUUACCAUACAUCCGACUCGACAACCAGUACAUCGUUUCUCGCCGGAAACAAGAUUGAUUUGGAGGCUUCACAAUACGACUCUGAUCACACGACAGUCUCCUAUGCCAGAGAGGUGAUCGGGAAACAGUGUAAGGAUGUGUUGGAUGUCUUCGAGGUAUCAGCCAAGGAGGACAAUUGUGUGGAGAGGAUGUUCCAUGCCAUAGCUGAGCAUCUAUGGCAAUGUCAUGUUAAAAAGGCAAGACAAGGAAGUGUACGUUCAAAUUCAAGAUUUUCUGAAGAGAAUGAUAAGGAUUCCUGUUUUCAACUAGAGGAUGGCGCAGCAAACAGGAAUACUAAAGGAACAAGUGGAAAGGGUUGUUGCUGGUAACUCCUGUCCAUCGCGCAGUAUGUACAUUUUUACCCAGUACACUGCAGCUACAUGUACAUUGUAGAAGCUAGCCCCAUAAAUGUGGCCAAUUUGCUGGACU